AUGAUCAAAUUCACCUCUAAGGGCGGGGAAUGCGAGAUGCACAGCUUCCUUCGCCUGCCGCUGUUGUUGUGUCGCUGGGCUGGAGUCUUCCCUAUAGAGGGGUUGCAUGCAAAUGACAGGGCUUGUGUGUUGAGGUACAAUACGAAAUCACCGUACUUAGUGUAUCACAUAACAACAUUGGUACUGCAACUGCUAUUGUUUGUGGGUAUCACCCAUGAGUUCUUCAACACCAAAGUUAGCUUGUGGACUGUAACAAGCCUUCUCUUCUACUCCAAUGCACUCUUAUCGAUGAUAUUCCUAAUAAAACUAGCAAAGAAGUGGCCAAGACUGGUACAAAGAGCCUCCGCUAUAGAAGCCCACGUGGCCAGCAUACGCUGCACCAAACAUUGGGACAGGUACAGCAGAUUGGCCACAACGGUAAUCAUGGUGCUGGCUUUAGUCGAACACAUAUUUUCUGUUCUCUUCAAAAUCAAGCUUCUGAUGAACUGCAUGGAUCACUACGUCAUAGAUCUUGACUUCACCAAGUUGUAUUUUGAGAAGAGCGUGGAGUUUUUGUUUCUGUACACACCGUAUACACAUUGGAAGGCGUUUCUUUAUGAGGUUGCUCAAAUCCAAGCGACGUUUCUGUGGAGUAUUAUCGACGUGAUCACCAUCUGCAUCAGCAUGUACCUGGUGUCAUACUUCCGAGAUCUCAACAAGAUGAUCGCAGAACGAAAUGAGAAGAACACUAGCUGGGAGGUUCUACGACAGCGUUACUCGCACCUGAUUGAGUUGGUCACGGCGACAGACCACAAGCUAUGUCUGCUGAUCCUGCUCUCUGUCUUCACCAACCUCUGCUUCAUAUGUCUGCAGAUAUUCUAUCUUGUCAACACAAAAAAAGUUAAGAAGAAAUUAAAGUUUAGGGAAAUCGUUUAUCGGUAUAUCAGAUUAAACAGAGUUGUGGAUAUUAUUGGGGGUAAAAAUGAAUACUUCAAGACCCAGUGCAGGGCGUUUCAGGAGUCUAUGAAGCUGCCUUUACUCAUAGGCCAGUGGUGUGGUCUGAUACCUGUUAAUGGUGUAACGGAGACAGAUGUUACUAAUGUAAGAUUCGAGAUACUAUCGUAUCGGUUUUUGUACAACUGCACGUUGUGCGCGAUACAAUUCACCGCCACACUAUGGUGCAUGUACAAGGUGCUCGAUGGCGCAGUCACUGUAAGAAAACUUGGUAACUUAGCAUUCUACUUGACAACUUGCAUCACGAGCGUGAUCUUCAUGCAAGUGGCGCGCAAGUGGCACCAGCUGCUGGAGCAAGUGGCGGCGGCGCGGUUGGACCAGUACAUAGACUCGUCAAUCAAAUUCAAGUGCUACUGCGCGACCAUCACUCUGUUUGGAGCGGCUCUGCUUGAACACAUUUUGGUGUUAGUCGCAAGGGUGUCGGUGGUGACAGACUGCAUGGAGACGGAUCGUGGCGUCUACCCGAAGGUCAUAGAGAAGAUGAUACACUGGAUAUUCACCGCGGAAGUCACUUACCAGUUUCCCAUGGGAAUUGUUCUGUUGACGGUAAAUUUUAUCACAACAAUGAAUUGGAGCUACUCGUACAUAUUCAUCAUUUGUAUCAGUUUGUUUCUGACCUCUGUCUUGGAACAAAUUAAUAAAAAAAUUAAGGAGUGCGAAGGCCAAUACUUCUCUCCCGCGUACUGGCGCCAGCUGCGCGAGGACUACAACCGCGCGACGCUGCUCGUGCGCUCGUUCGAUGACGUCAUCGGCAGCGUCAUCUUCUUCUCCUUCGCCAGUAACCUGUUCUUCGUCUGUCUGCAGCUCUUCAAUACUCUAAAGCCUUUCGGCGGCGCGGAGCUGGUGACAUACUACCUGUAUUCGCUGGUGUUCAUCAUCGGCCGGUUUCUGGCGGUAGCGCUGAUCGCCUCCGAAGUACACACCGCCUCCCUCAUCGCAGCCCCUUACCUGUACAGCUUGCCGGCUGCGAGCUAUUGCAUCGAGAACUAUGGUGCCUACCACCGGUUCGGGAACUAUCCCGGCGAGAAAAACCGGCAGAACAAAAUCGGUGUACCGGAAAAGCCACUGAAAUACCCGGCGACGUUCCAGCAAUGCAUGCGAGCGACGCUCGUCAUCGGCCAGAUAUUCUCGUUGAUGCCAGUCAACGGGAUACUCAGCAAGAACCCGAAGGAUAUGCAAUUCAAAUGGGUGUCCUCAAAAUGUUUUUAUUCACUCGCCUCUUUGCUCGGUCAAAUGUUUAUUACAAUUAUGUGUAUCAUACGAGUCUUUAGUUCUAAAACCUCUUUGGAUCAUACAACCCCAAUAAUAUUCUAUGGAACAACGUGUGUCUCUAUGAUGUUGUUCCUGAGGGUGGCUAUUCAGUGGCCGACCUUGGUGAGGCACAUCGCAAGAACUGAGGAGCUAGAUCCCAACUACGACAUGCGUUUAUUAUACAAGUGCAAUAUAACUUGCGCUGUUGUACUGGCUUUAGCGUUGAUGGAACACUUUUUAUCACUACAAUCGGCUCUGGCCGGGGCGUUCCUGUGUCGACCUGAAGACAAAUGGUAUGAAGGCUUUGUGAAACACUUCUAUCCCUGGGUCUUCAAUGUCUUACCCUACUCGACAUUACUGGGAAUGAUGACACAGUUUUUCCACUUCCAAUCAACGUUUAUUUGGAACUUCUCUGAUCUGUUCGUGAUCUGCAUGAGCUAUUAUCUCACUUCGAGGCUGGAGAAUGUGAAUAAAGCAUUACUGAAUGCGCAAGGAAAAUACUUCCCGGAGUCGUUCUGGCGCACCUGUCGGGAGAACUACGCGCGCGCGGCGCAGCUUGUCCGCGACGUGGACGGCGUUAUCAGCGGCAUCAUCUUCAUCUCAUUCGCCAACAACCUCUUUUUCGUUUGUCUCCAGCUGCUCAACACCUUGAAGGAAGGCAUAUCGGGACAUGUCCAUUGUAAUGGAAGAGCACAAGGCACAUCAUUCCUCGGCGGGUACGAGGCUACAGCAUACUUCGGUUUCUCGCUGGUGUACCUGAUGGCGCGUGCUGUCUCCAUGUCUCUGAUCCUGUCGCAAGUCAACAAGGCGUCGACGGUACCAGCGGCGGUGUUGUACGACGUGCCUUCACCGGUGUAUUGUAUUGAGGUGCAGCGGUUUCUGGAUCAAGUGAACGGUAUGAAAGUGGCGCUGACCGGCUUACAGUUCUUCAGCGUUACGCGGGGAUUGUUGCUCACAGUAGCUGGCACUAUAGUGACGUAUGAGCUGGUGAUGCUGCAGUUCAGUCCACCGAACCAAACCGACGACACCACGGUGGAUCCUUUACUACAAAACAAUACGAUGAUCUUCGAAACGACUGUUUCUGCAUAG